UGAUUCUGUCCUUUGAGGAGGAACCUACCAUUUGCUUGUUUUUCUUUUCACUUUCGUCUUCGUCUUACUAUUGUUUUUAUUAGUGUUCCCAAAACUCUGUUAUCAUUUCUUCCUUGUUUCAAUCUCAAAGAUCGUGCAGAAGUUGUCAGCGAGCCAGUGAAGGUACCAUUGCUGUUUGGACAUUCUAUGGAGUGCAUACAACCUGCAGCUAGCAUUGCAAAUUGUCUCGGAACUCCAGUUUGUAAAUACUUGCAAUAUCACAGAAAGCUGAAUGAUUAUGUGAGAAACUUUAAGAGAAUCAGAGAUGAAUUGAAUAGCAAAAUGGAAGAUAUAGAGCUGCAAUUGAAAGCAGAGCUUCUUCAUUGUGUGGGGAAGAUACCAAAGAAGGAAGUAGAAAAUUGGUUAGGAAAAGUGAAAGUGAUGAUUAUGGAAGCACAAGAUGUUGAAAAUAAAGUAAGUAAUGGGAGAUAUCUCUGCCGUGCUUGCAAUGGAAAGCUGGUUGAUAGAAAGAUUCAAGAAAUGCAGACAUUUCUUGAUAAAGCUCCUAAUAUCUUCGAAAGUCUUCUCAUUGAAGGUCCAAGUGUUGGGUUGCCACUGCCAACAUCAGAGCUAGUUGGUGAGAAAGCCGUGAGAGAUGAAAUUUGGCAAUGUUUGAUGCAAGAGGAGGUGGGUAAGAUUGGGGUUUGGGGGAUGGGUGGUGUGGGUAAAACGACCAUCAUGAAGCACAUCCAUAAUGAUCUUUUGAAAGAACAUAGUUUUGAAAGGGUAAUUUGGGUUACUAUAUCAAAAGACUUCAAUGUGAUGAAGUUACAAGAUGAUAUUGCAAGCGCAUUGAAGGGAGAUUUGGGCAAUGAAAAAGAUAAGGUUAGACGAGCAGCAAUCUUGUUAGAAUUGUUGAAGAAAGUGGGAAAGCAUGUUCUAAUCUUAGAUGAUGUGUGGGACAAAGUCUCUUUGGAGGAGGUUGGGAUCCCUGAGCCGAGUAGCAGCAAUGGAUGCAAAUUGGUGUUAACAACCCGUUCGGAGCAAGUUUGUAAGUAUAUGGGUUGUAAAGUGACACAAGUGAAGCCCCUUUCAGAAGAAGAGGCAUUGAUACUAUUCUUGAAUAAAGUUGGACCUACCAUAGUGCAAAGUCCAACUUUAAUGCCAACUUUGAGGCUUGCCGUCAAGGAAUGUGCGGGUCUACCUCUUACAGUUGUUGUGCUAGCUGGUACCAUGAAAGGAGAAGAUGACCCUUGUAUUUGGAAAAAUGCACUCAAGGAACUGAAAGAGCGAGUAGGGAUGGUGGAAGGAAUAGAAGCUGAAGUGAUCGAGCGUUUGAAAUUUAGUUUUGAUCACUUAAAAGACAAGAAAUUGAAGCAUUGCUUCUUGUAUUGUGCAUUAUAUCCGGAAGAUUUUCCAAUUUGGGAGGAUGAGCUAAUCGAGUGUUGGAUCGAUGAGGGAUUCAUAGAUGAAAUGAAUACAAGGCAAGAAAUGAAAGAUAAGGGCCAUGCUAUUUUGAAAAAGUUGGAAGAUAAUUGCUUGUUGGAAAAUGGUACCCAUCAAUAUCAGCCUUGCAAGAAGAUGCAUGAUGCAGUGAGAGACAUGGCAUUAUCCAUCACAAGUAUAAAUCCUCGAUAUAUGAUACAAGCAGGGCUGCAAUUAGAAAAGUUACCAAGAGAGGAGGAAUGGACAAGAGAUAUUGAGAAAGUGUCGCUUAAGAUUAACUCCAUAUCAGAGAUUCCCAUAGACAUAUCGCCUCCAAAAUGCCAACUGCUUACAACCUUGUUACUACAGUGGAAUCCAAUAAAGAAGAUCCCAAAUUCUUUCUUUGUGAACAUGCCUUGUCUAAGUGUUCUUGAUUUGUCCCGUACGAACAUCGAAAGUUUGCCAGAUUCCAUCUCUGAAUUAAAGAAUCUCACCGCAUUGCUGCUUGAAGGUUGUCAAGAGUUAAGAGCUUUGCCUUGUCUUUCAAAGCUUCAAAGAUUGAAGAAGUUGGAUCUUAAUUUCACCAGCAUUGAAGAAGUCCCUGAAGGCAUGGAUAUGUUGAUCAAUCUAAGGUAUCUUAACCUUUUUGUUUACACUCUGAAAGUGAUACCCACCAGAGUAUUGCCAAAACUCUCUCACCUUCAGCACUUGAAAGUUUAUAUGCAUGGUGAAACAAAGGGCCUUAAGGCGGAUGAGGUAGUGCCAUUGCAAAAAUUGGAAUGCUUUUAUGGACGUUUCGAGAACAUGUAUGAACUGAAUAAGUUUGUCUCCUCAAUGCAGCAAUGUAAGAAAAAUCUCAUCAAGUACCAGUUAUAUGUAGGCUUAUUUUCUCUUGUUGCUGAAGAAGAGAGAGUUGUAUCAAUCAAUGACCUUGAAAUUGUUGGCGGUGAGUUAAUGUUCCCAGUUGAUAUGCAAGAGCUCGACAUUUCAUAUUGCCACUAUUUGAGAAACGUAAGCCAUAUUUCUUCCUUAAAAAAUGUGGUUGACUUGAGGGUAUGCAAAAUUGGGCACUGUGCAGGGAUAGAAUGUGUUGUUUCCUUCUCUUUUUCCUCUUCUACUCAUCAAUUCCAGAGCCUCCAGUGCUUGUGUCUUAUUGAUCUGCCAAAGUUGAGUGAAGUUAUAAAAGUUGAAGGAUAUGGUUCAGCAAAAACAUCAAUAUUAGCUUCGUCUGCUACCUUUUCCAAUCUUAAAAAUAUUCAUAUAUUGGACUGCCCAAGUAUUAUGACGUUGCUUCCACAUUGGUUGCUUCCCAACCUCCAAAACCUGGAAGAAAUAACAGUGACGGAUUGUGAGAAGCUAGUAGAAAUAUUUGCAGCAGAAGAUGAAGAGAAAGGAAGUGAUGCACUAAUCAAAUUCGACCUUCCCAAACUAAGAUUUUUGAUACUAAAGUCAGUACCAGAAUUGAAGAGCAUUUGUAGUAAAAGUGGAGUGAUGGUUUGUGAUUCUCUCCAACUUAUCGAUGUUGAUAACUGUGAUAAACUGAAGAGAAUUCCUCCCUUUGUUUCCUUUGUUGGCAAUGAACAGCCAUAUGCACAUGCUCCACCUUCUCUUAAGAUCGUGUCAAGCAGACAAUGGUGGGACUCUUUGGAGUGGGAUGAUCCAAACUUUAAAAAUGUUCUUCAACCCCUUUGGCAAAACAGAUGGUUUUUAUUAAAGACAGCUUUUGAUGAAUGUAGAGAACUGAUCAAGAUGAAUUCAGGGCAGGUCGGAUAGAGUGAAAUCAAAAAAACAAAACAGUUGGAUCAGGUUUGAGGUAAAUAUGUCCCAUCUCAUCUCGAGAUAGUUACAAAAAUGUCAUUGGAUUUGAUUUGGAUAUCGAAUUUGAUGACUUGAUGUGUUUUCUUUUUUUUUUAAAUCACUCAAUGUAAAGCUUGUAAACAAGAGUAGAUCCCACAAUUCAUGUACUCUUGUAUGAUGUUAGUGUAAUUUCUUGUAAGGAAUGUUAUAUCUAUAUAAUCUUUGAUACCUUGAUAAUGUUGUUCUA